ACGGCCGCGCGGCUUCCGGCCACGGCCGGACACUUCCCGCGGAGGGACUGUCCCGUGGCAGACACGAAGGCCCAAGGAGCUGCGACCAUGGCCGACCACGGCCUGGAAGAGUUCCGCCGGCGCUGGCAGGAGGAGCUGGCUCAGGCCCAGGCCCUGAGGAAGCGGCGACGGCCGGAGGCUGCGGAGCGGCGGCCCCGGCGGCCCGAGGUGACCCCCGGGCGCGGCGAGCAGGCCUCGGGGUACCUGGCGUUGGCCCAGGGUCUCCUUGAGGGCGCCGGGAGGCCUCCGGGGGCGCGGGCGUCCCGGGCCGAGAGGUCGGACGCCGCGAGCCGCUCCCGCUCCCCGCCGGUCCGUGAAGGCGCUGGGGGCAGCGAGCCCCUGGUGGACCAGCUCAUCCGCGACCUGAAUGAAUUGGAUGAUGUGCCCUUCUUUGAUGUCCAACUGCCUUAUGAAUUGGCAAUCAACAUAUUUCAGUAUCUGGGCCGGAAAGAACUAGGAAGAUGUGCACAGGUGAGCAAGACGUGGAAGGUGAUUGCAGAAGACGAAGUGCUGUGGUAUAGGCUGUGCCAGCAGGAAGGACACCUUCCGGAGAGCAGCAUCUCAGAUUAUUCCUGCUGGAAGCUCGUCUUCCAAGAGUGCCGAGCCAGGGAGCACAUGUUAAGGACCAACUGGAAGAAUCGAAAGGGGGCUGUGAGUGAGCUGGAGCCUGUUCCGGACGCAGUGUUGUGUGAUGUGCAUUCUCACGACGGCGUUGUCAUUGCUGGAUACACAUCAGGGGAUGUUAGGGUGUGGGACACCCGCACCUGGGACUACGUGGCCCCCUUCCUGGAAUCAGAGUAUGAGGAGGACGAGCCUGGAAUGCAGCCAUAUGUCUCCUUUGUGAGGAUAAACAGCUCGCUGGCGGUAGCGGCUUAUGAGGAUGGAUUUCUCAAUAUUUGGGACCUAAGGACUGGAAGAUAUCCCAUCCACCGCUUCGAGCAUGAUGCAAGAAUACAGGCACUGGCCCUCGGCCGCAAGGAUGUCACUGUCGCCACAGCCUCUGCAUUUGGUGUUGUAAUGCUGUACCCCAACGAGGAGGGCUACUGGCAGAUGGCAGCCGAGUUUGAAGUUCAGAAACUGGUCGACUUCCUUGAGAUAGUUCCAGAUACCGGGAGGUACCCUGUGGCAAUAGCCACAGCUGGAGAUCUGGUCUACCUGCUAAAAGCUGAAGACUCUGCCAGAACCCUCCACUACGUCUAUGGGCAGCCUGUCACAUGUCUGGAUGUCUCUGCAAGCCAGGUUGCCUUUGGUGUCAAGAGCCUAGGAUGGGUGUACGAAGGAAACAAGAUCCUGGUGUACAGCCUGGAAGCAGAACGCUGCCUCUCAAAGCUGGGCAAUGCCCUCGGGGACUUCACAUGCGUCAACCUCAGGGAUAGCCCUCCCAACCUCAUGGUCAGCGGCAACAUGGACAGGAGAGUGAGGAUCCACGACCUCCGCAUGGAUAAGAUCGCACUGUCGCUCUCCGCCCACCAGCUUGGGGUCUCCGCGGUGCAGAUGGACGACUGGAAAGUUGUCAGUGGAGGCGAGGAAGGCCUGGUCUCCGUGUGGGAUUAUCGCAUGAACCAGAAGCUGUGGGAGGUACAUUCCAGGCACCCGGUUCGGCACAUCUCCUUUAACAGCCACAGCCUCAUCACAGCCAACGUGCCCUACGAGCGGGUGUUGCGCAACCCUGACCUGGACAACUUCACCGCAUACAGGAGGCACCGGGGCCUGAUCCACGCCUACGCCUUCGCAGUGGACCAGCUGGCCUUUCAGAGCCCCCUACCCAUGUGCCGCUCGUCCUGCGGCGCCAUGAACAGUUACGACUACAACCUCGCGCUGGCAUUUCCCUCAGACAACGCCUAAGGACCUGCCCCUGGGGAGAAAGGCGGGCUGGACCAAUUUUAGGAAUUUUAAAACUCCAGAGAGCCCUGCACUGGGUGUUUUGUGGAUGAUUUGAGGGAGGGCGCACCCUGAGCCCCCUGAGAAAGCCAGGCUUGCCUGGGCCUCGUUCGUGCUGUUGCUCCUGUGCCUUGAGGGCCGUGCACCCAGCUGAGGUCAGAUCCCU